UCUUUAAAACAAUAUAUUUUUCAUGUUGCGGUGCCACGGGAAGUUAGCACCUCAUAUUUUCAAAUUGCAAUUUCUCUAAAUAUUUCGGCGGUACUCUUGCUAAUACCUAUCAGGAACUCUAGUACUCUUUGGGGUGCAAAUAGUACUCUUGAUAAAACUUACAAUUUUGAAAGAUGCGGUGCUAACUUCACACAGGCCAGAUUUAAAAACUAAAAUUGUUAAUUUAAAAGAAAGCAAAGCUGCUUAUAUAAAUAGAAUCGAAAAAUAAAACACUUGAAGAAUCAAGAAAGAGAUCUAUUAAAUGGUAUGAUAGCUUUUGUACUAUUUUAUAUUUUUUUAAUAAUUAAUGUUAAAUUUUUCACGACACAUAUCGAAAAGAGCAUCUGACGAAAUGUGCGUUAAAUUUGAAACCCGUAUUCCAUGUAUAAGAAAAGCCAUGAAUGUAUAAACUGUAGGUUUUUAUUUUUUUUAAUUAUCAAAGUAGAUCAUGUUUUAUUGGUAUUUAUACGGUGCAAUAUCUAAUUUUCGAGAAAUAAGGAGAGUACUAAAUUACAAAUUUUUCCAUCUUUCCUCUAAUAAUUUUAAAGCAACAAUCGAUAAAUAUGCAUUAAUAUCGUUUAAAAAUUACAUGCGAUAAUACAACAUUCUUCGCCACUAAAACAUAAUAGGAAUUCUCCAUCACGAAAAUAUUAACGGAAAAACUCCGCCCGAAAUAGAUAAGAAUUUGAAUUUCAAUAUAAAUUUGAAUAAGCUGAUUAAAUCAAGACGCUAUAAAAGAUUUAGACAAAUUGAUUCUGAUAAAAGAAAGAAUAGAAGAUAAUAUGAAAAUUUAAAGUGGUAAUAAUUUUGAAGAAACAAUCAACACAAAUACCGAUAUCAUUUAUGAAGUACCCAUUAAUACAAAGUUUUCAACUAAAAAAGAUUAACCAAAAUUAAAAAUCUCCACCUUGCCGAUUGAUAUGAAUUUUAAUUCCGAUAUAAUUUUGAAUAAGCGGAUCACGUCAAGGCACAAAGAAAGUUCAAGAAAUAUAUCAGGAUGUAACAAACAUUUCAAUCGUAUUCAAAUGUGUCAAUUAAUUCAAACAAGGGAUAAUGUUUCUUUGAAAAAAAGGAUUUAUAAUUCAAAAUGCAUAAAAAAUUGAUUGAGAGAAAUCAAAUAAAAAAAUUAAUAAUCUAUUUAUGAUUAAUAUCUAUCAAUAAUUUUGACUUAACACAAACUGCUUCAUGCAAUUUAUCAAAGAAUUAUAAUAACUGAUUUACUGAAAUCACUGAAGGGACACAUUUUUGCAGUAAUUUUUGCAUAUUUUCUUUUAAUGUAUAAUUACAAGCAUUAAAUAUUAAAGUUGUAUAUGUAUGUACAAGAAAAUAAUUUCCUUUUUACAAUAUAAUAAAAAUAAACCGUACAAUAAAAAUAUUAAGCUUUAUUGUAAUUAAUAAAUUAUGAUGUUAUGAAAUUGUUACAAUACAAAUAUAUUUGUAAAUAAAAGUUGCAUUCAAAAAAUCGUAUACAUGAUACCGUAUUAUCUGUCUCAAUUAGUUUCUGUUGCCAUGUUUUAUUGCUAUCUUUUAAAUAUCAUAGAUAUCUAAUUAUAUUGUCAAAAAAAAGAUAAAAGUUGAAAUUAAUUAAUAAACGUGUUCGCAUUUUAUAAAUCUGUGUGUGUGUGUGUGUGUGUGUGUGUGUGUGUGUGUGUGUGUGUGUGUGUGUGUGUGUGUAGACGCUUCGAUGAUAUCUGAAAAAAUAGAUAAUGUAUUCACGAAGUAUUUCCCUUUACAAGCAAAAGAAAAAAAAAAUUAAUCGGUCACAAAUACGUGUGCACUACUUUAAUCAAACACAGUUUAUUAAGACGAACAAAAUGCGAUCAAGCGACGCGCGUGUCGAAAUCGGAUACGGCAAACUCGAUUUUCCGUACCAUUUGCGAGAUCAUAUUGGUUCUGCAUUGAUAUGAAUACUACGAUCGAUAACAUACGUGACCCACUCUAGUAAACAAAAAUAUUAUCUCCUUUCUAAAAUCGUAUCAAGUCAUUUGUCGGUAUGCAAUCACGUAAUGUAUAAUGUAUAAUGUAUAUUGGCGUGUUCUUAAUAAAGAAAAGCUCUAUGCAAAUGCACAAAUAUAAUCAAGUUGUAAAAAUGUGUUUUUUAUCUUGUCUACUGGUUUGUACAAAUAAAAAUAGCAUCUACUCAAGAAUGUGUGUCUACGAUUAUUUCUACUAAUUGAUUUCUACUAAUUUCUACUAACUGAAAAAUUAUUACACUAAUGUUUGUAGUUCAAUUCUCCUUUGUAUUAUAAUAUCCCAUUAAAAGAAGGUAGCGAUAAUCAGCGCACGUCGUUCCUCCUUCGAAAAGUUCUAAGAUGAUUAUGGAGAGAUUUGCUACAACGGGAUUCGUUCACGGAUAAUAAAUCUAUCCCCACUGUACCAAUCAGUCAACAGUAUAUGUACAUACAUGAUGUGUAUAUCAAAUGCUGUCAGACAAAAUGGCCAUCAGCCACAGUAACCACCUGUUCGUGCCUGUGGCAUUUGUCUUUUGUCUUCUGUUGCCACUCAUUCAUGCUUCGGAUUCACGCAGUGACAAUUACAGUGACUCGAGACUCGAGAAGAACCCUGCGGUUUCGAGGCACAGGAACAACAUUCAGCGGUUACCGAAUUACAACUGGAAACCACCUGACAAGUACUAUGGCCCGAGGGAAGAAUCGACGGAGAAAAACCUGGGGAUGGAAUUUACAAAACCCGAGGAUCCGGAACAAAGGAUGGCGGAUUCGUGGAUAAAGAAAAUGCAGGAGAUAAGCCGACAGGAGAGAGAAAAAUGGGCAGCGCACAGAAGAAACAUGAAACUUACCCUCGACAAUGUCGAAGAAACUACGAAAGCAGGAAAACUUACGAACGACGAAUCAAUCACGGUUGAUCCUAUUACUUUAAAAUCGCUCGUAUGGUAUCCAUCAACAAAUCAAGACAACAGGAGAAUGGAAGAUGGCUCUUCUCGGUCAAGCUCAAAGCAACUAGCGGAUACAAAUGUCGAUGGAGCUUUUGACAAAAAACUUAAAAAUGAUGAACGGAAUACAGAUAUAAAAAUUCAUAUAAAAAAUUCCUUCGAAAGCCAUCUGCAACUCAUCGACGACACAAGGACUAUGAAAUAUCCGACAUAAAGGAAGAGCCAUUCUUCAAACAGAAUGCAGCUACCGAUUACGAGAAAAGCAAACUUGAGAAAGAUCGUCCCAGUUCCAUAACAAAUUCACCCCCUGAAAAGUCGAUUUCACAACAGUUUAAAGAUGCACAUAUCCUUAAAAGUAGUACGAGUACAAAUGCGCAGAAAAAUUUUACGAAAUUUUCAGAAAUCGACGAAGAUGUAAACUUAAAUCAUUUAAAUGAUUCUGAAGCAUCUCUUGAGAAAAAAUAUUUGAAACGAUUUAAUUCCUCUCGAAAUAAAAAGAAAGAAAGCAACAACAAGAAGAAGGUUAAACAGCAAACGGAAAA